GUUUCUUGUAUUUAAAUGUAAAUUGAACCUAGUUGAAUAAUAUAAGUUAUUGAUAUAUCUAUAAUAUAUUUGCAUAAGAAAAUUAAAAACGAACUACAUAUCCAGUUUUUAUUAUAAAUGGCACAAACAAAAGCAAAAGCGAUUAAGGAUAGCUGGUCUAGAAUAUAUAAACGCAAAUGGAAAAGUAGUACCACCAAAACAGCCUGGCCCAGACUGUAAUUGUAGAAGAAGAUGUUUUGAAAAAGUCCCCAGGGAUGUCAGAUUAAGAACUUUUCAAGGAUUUUAUUCUAUGAAAAGUCAUGAUGAGCAGAAUGCUUAUUUGUUUGGUUUAAUGAGACAAGUUGAUGUUAAGCGAAAACGUGUUAAAAAUAGCAGUAGACGAACAUGCACAUUUGAAUAUUUUGUUAGAGUUAAGGGUAAAGAAACACAGGUGUGUCAAACUGCUUUUAAAAAUAUACAUGCUAUUACCGAAAGAAAAGUGAGGGUCCUUUGCAAGAAAAUGGAUGAUGGCAUUAUGUUCCCAUGUGACAACAGAGGGAAGUCUAGACCAAACCGUAGCGGAGAAGUGCGUCUGCCAAAUGGUGUUGUAGAUCAAAUAAAAGCACACAUUUAUUCCAUAGUUCACACCCACAGAUUAAAAGACUUUAUCAGGCUUGAUAAGAUUGCUGGUCUUGAAAUAAAUAUUUCAAAAAUGUGGAAAGAUUAUAUUAAAACAAAUGAUCCCGAAAACAUAUCAGUAACAAUGCCUAAAUCAAAAAGAAACACUGAAGUAGUACCUCAAAAUAAUAUCCCACAAAUUGCUCAAAUUCCAGUUCCACAAGAAACAUAUGUACCAAUAGCUUAUACAGGGAAUGGAAUUAUCAAUAUAUCUGAUAGUUACUUUGAGAACCAGUAUCAAACCACUUCAAACAACUUCUAUCCAGCACAAAGCGGACAACAUCCACAGGGCAUGGGUAUUAUUUUGCAGUCUGUUAAUAGGCAAACUCAACCUGCUACUUUCAUUUUGGUGGAGACUAAGCCAGAACUCUCACAAGAUACUAAAAUUAUAUCAACUAACAUAACUUGUAACCAAACCCAGUCCAUGGAGAUGCAAAUAAAUAAAGAAAGGAGAGAGAAAAAAAAGGGUCCAUUGGUUAAGCAAUGGAGAUACAGUAACAUAUUCCAUGAUACUAUAAAUGGAGCUGCAUUAGCUGCCAUCAAAACAAGACUGGGAAUGUAUUAUGCGGAGACUGAUGCUGCUAAGAAAAGGAAACAUGCAAGGGCACAAGAGACAGUUCAAACACAAACAGAAUUACCUGUUUGUAAGGGUGAGCAAGAACUUAUGAUCAGACCUCCACAAGAUCUAAGACCUACUCACACCUUAACCAUAAUUGCAUAGGCAUUUACAAAUUAAAUUUAUAAUAUGUAUUUGGAUAAUUUAAUACCCACUUUAUGGAUGAAUAGGCUCACUUAGUAUUUAAUACCAAUUUAUGAGUGUUGCAGUGAUGUGAUUAUAUUAAUUAUGUAAUGGCUGUAAUCAUUAUGUGCAAAUACUUAGUCUAAUAGCUGCUUAUUUUCAAUAAUGUAUUGCUAAUAUCAUGACAUUAACAGUAAUCACCUAUUACUUUAUUAUGUUUCAUAAUAUUGAAUUUAAGAAUCUCAUCUAACUUGAUGUUGUCAGGUAUGCAGGUAUAUGAUUACAGAAAAUCAACAAUGGUGUGCCAUGAGUCUGGCUUCAAUACAUGGUUGUUUCUAUGUAUUCUAUCCAUUAAAGGUUAUAUAUUUAUAGUUAUUGCUCAAGCAAGUGCAUUGAUAAUGUCUUCAAACUUGGUGUAAACCGACUGCUAUCAAGUGCCACACUAAAUAAUGAUGUGCAAUAAAAUACUCAUCCAUCUUAAGAAUGUUCUACAAGAAACUAAUCAAUGUGGCAGGCCACAAUAUAAUUGGGAUAAUACUAGCCCUUAGGCUGUAGCAUGUUUGUCUAUCAAGAAUUUAAUUAUUGAUGGAUGUGACACCCUACAAUAAAUAAUUUCACUGCUGCAGGUGAACUGGAAUAGUUGUUUUAAUUAGAACUGACCAGUGUAAACUAUUUAUUAAUGUUAGUUAUUUAGGUAGUAGUACUGUUUACAUCAUGGCUUUCAAUGUGUAUUCUCAAUUGUAAUGAUAAAAUUACUAUUAUCAAUAAAAUUUAAAUAAAUCAAUAAUAUAUUUACAAAUAUAUACUCCACAAUAGGCAUUAAU